GUGUGCAUGUUGCGAGUUCGUCCUGUCCCUUCCUAAUUGCUCGAUCCAUGUUGAUUCUUCAAGUCCCCAUGAAUACUUCUAGCAUUCUCAAUACCAUAGGCAACAGGAUGUCUACAAACAGUCUCAUCAGGCAUCACACCUUUUGCUGGAAGAAAUGCUCCCAGAUUUGUGUCCGUCCUGGAACGGCGAGACAAAUGUGGACAUUGGAAGCGCACCUAAGACGGCCAGCUGUCAAACCCGCUGUUAAGACUUUGAUGAAUUCUUCAGGCAGAUUAUUUUCCACAAGGGGAGAACUGCUACAGCUUCCUAAGAUAAUCGGUGUUUUCGAUAGACAACUCAAACUGGAUGUUGGUCUGUCAGUUUCGCGAAGCUUGUCCACAUCAAGUGUUGUGUUAUUGGACCAAAUCCUGGAAAAGGAACACAGCAAGAUCGAUGCAGGGACCAGAAAUGGUAAUCAGGAAGGCACAUUAGGCACAAGUUCCAGGAAAGACGUAGGGAACGAGGCAUCUUUAGAAGAUCUCCAGGAAGCAGAUGAGUACUUAUCAACAGAGCAGUGGAAGGCACUGAAGGAGGAAUGGAAUCAGAAUGCCAAGCCUUAUCAGACCCAGACACUCUUUGAGUCGCGCACCAUGGCUCGCCUCUGCAGUAAGUCCUUCUUCCAGAAAGGACGCUCUCUCCUCGAGUUCAUUUGCCAAGAGGGUUCACCCCUGACGUAUCCCCUCAUGAGCUCCUAUCUGUACCUCUGCGUCAGGGAAGGCAACCACGAAGAGCUCUUCUCGGUCCAGGAGUGGUUUGCGGCCAACCACCCUGUCCUGGACGACGGAGUGCUUAGCAAUCUCAUCGCUGGCUUCUGUCAAACCAGCCGAUGGCGGGAGAGCCUGAAAUUCCUAGAGGACUUGAAGCAGCUUGAUGCCUCAACAGCCCGCAAUUAUCAGAACAUCAUCUGUGCUGCCUGUGAUUCGGGAGACUUCAACCUGGUUGAAGAGCUUCUCCAGGACCUGUACAGCCGCGGCACCUGCCCCACUGAGCAGACCUGCCUGAAACUCCUGCAAACAUUCCACUGCGAUACAGAGGAUCUUUCUGUCAGUGAUCAAAGUAACAAGCUGGUCACUGAACUCCUGAAGUAUUUCCGUUCCAAGAGGUUCUACCCAUCAGUGGCUGUGGGUAACGAGUUGAAAAGUUGGUUUCAUAGGAAGCAUGGUGAGGUGUGGAAGGCAUCCAUGACUAAAGUGACAAAGAGCGGCAAGUGUAAAUCCUGCGGUUCCAAGCUGGAGUCGUUGGACAUCAGCCAGGAGGAUUUCCUGAAUCUGAAGCAUCAAAUCACAGAGAAGGUGAUCAAAGGAGGGGACAUUUUUAAGAAGACCCGGCCAGAUGAGUUGCAAGCUUUCAUGGAGUUCGUGGACGAGGGGGGCCCAUACGAUGUCAUCAUCGAUGGGUUGAAUAUAGCGCACAUCAGACAGAAUGUCCAGCCUUCUAAAUUGCUGAGGCAGUUUGUGGUGUACCUAGCCCAGGAGUGCAGCCUGAAGUGCCUUGUGCUGGGUCGACAGCACAUGCUGCGUUACAGCAAAACCUGGUCCAGACAUCACAUGCAAGUCAUACAGGACGUAGCCGACUGCUUCUUCACUGAAAACAUCUCUGAAGACGACCCGUUCAUGCUGUACGCAACCCUGCACAGUGGGCCCAAGGCCUGCUACGUGUCACGUGACAUGCUGCGCGAUCACAAGGCGCUCCUGGAUCAGCCGACCCACGUAGCAUUUGUCAAAUGGCAGAGAGGGCACCAGAUGUACCCACUGGGCUUCCAAGGGGAAAAGCAAACUUCAAAGCGAGAACUGCGCACGACACUGUAGCCCAGCACACCGACUCUGGAUGGCACGUACCUUGCGAUGACGGCCUCCCGCGAUACUCCUACCAAGUGCCUCUGGAUUGGCUGUGUGCCAGGAAGGUCAAAUGAGGUCAAUCAAAGUGCCUCCACAUUCACCAACGAGUGGACAGGCUUAGUCUCACGGAGUAACCUGUGCCUACAUGUUAUUUAUGGACUGAUACUACUGAACGUGAAAGAAUUUCAGCCACCAAUUGCUUAGC